GAGAACAAGUAUUACUGCAAAAAGCUUUCAGUGGUGAGUCAAGAACCCGUCCUUACAGCAAGGUCCUUGAAGGACAAUAUAUCUUACGGGUUGCAGGAUAUCCCUUUCUCCUCAGUAAAGAAAGCAGCUGAAGCCGCCAGUGCUGAUGACUUCAUCUCAGAAAAGGAGGAUGGGUAUGAUACAGGCGCUGGGGAGAAAGGAGCACUUCUUUCAGGAGGACAGAGACAAAGAAUAGUUCUGGCUAGAGCCCUGCUGAGGGACCCCAAGAUCCUCAUCCUUGAUGAUGCCACCAGCUCCCUCGACUCCAAGACUGAGCUGAAGAUUCAAAGCACGGUGUUGAACAACCCCAAGAAGCGCACUAUUCUUCUGAUAUCUCAUCGAAUGCACAUCUUGGAGAAGGCUGACCACAUCCUGGUGAUGGAAGGAGGCCAGAUCAAGGAGUCGGGGAAACAUCAACAGCUUUUGGACAACAAGGGCAGUUACUGGAAACUGUGGGAGAAGCAACGCAGCACCUUCCAGAAGGGCACCGGGGAGUCGGCAUUGUGA